AUGGCCUAUAAGUACAUCAUCUCAAAGAAGCUUGACCCUCUAUUCGCUAUCAGCAUAGGCUCCGCUGCCGCCCUUGCCCGCAUAAAUCGAGAGGAAAGGGAGAAGGAUAGAAGUCCAAUGCAGAGUUGGAAGACACUACAGAGACGAUGGGCGCUUGCGUUU